GAGGAAAAAGUGAAGUCCACUAUUUAGUGGCCCAGUGAACGAGAUGGAUGGAGGUGGUUCUUUUGUUUCUCAUCCCAGGCACUUGGGGUGCCCACUCUAUGCUCUAAUUGGAUUGGCAUUUUUGAUCCCCAAUUCGCUCCAAGUCCAACUCGAGACGCAACGAUUCGUGUUUGUCCAUGACAAGAGCCCUGGGGCAGUCAAUCAAUUGGGCAAAUUGAGAGAAGCGUUCCAGAAUGCCAAUGCCACAGGACUACUCGUGGGCAGAAUUAAAUUUCAAGCCACAUCCAAUACUAAAAUCAUCACAAAAGAUUUCGACGCAGUCUUGUCAUGGUUGUCUUGUAAGGGCACUCAAGAUCUGGAAAAAAAAUUGAAAUCCAAGAACAUGGCUUUACUGGCGUUUACUGAUCCCGGUUGUGAUCGAUCUGAGAUGUCCACCUCGGCUGUUUUUCCACGGGUGGGAGAUUCCACGGUGAUCCAUCAGCUCACCGUGGAUUUGCUCAUGUCUCGACAAUUCCCGUGGAAAUCGGUUAACCUGUUUAGUGAUGGGACCUUGCCCGAAAGAUACGUCAAUGACAUGAAGUCUGAAUUCGGCAAGACUAUGUCUGUGGCUGCCCACCAAAUGAUGAAGGACGAGAACAUGAAUUUAGAGAUGGAGAAGUUGAUCACCAAGGGCAACAAUGUUAUGAUCAUCUCCAAGGACAUGGUGUCUUCAACCAUGAGUUUGAUUAAGAACAUGAAUCUGUUCACUAUUGACAACAACUUCCUUUUUAUGGUGCCAGAUUCCACCAUGGAAGACGUCGAGUUUGUGUCCAGCCUUAGCACAGUGGUAGAUGGUGCUAACGUUGCCUUUGCUUACAAUGCCUCAGGAGGAACAGAAUGUCAGGCAAUAUCGGCGUGCGUGGAAACUUUCGCACCCAGCCUUUUUGUGGACACUUGGAUCGAAAAGACCUCGGCCUUGUUUAAGUCAUUUGAAAAUGCCAGCCAAGACGAGUUUAACCUUCUAAAGCCUACGAAAAUGGAGAGGAUUCAAGAUAUCAUGGACACGUUCAAGGCCGGCAUGAACUCUCAGGUCGAUUGUAAUACUUGUCAAAACUGGAAGAUUCAAGCAGCCGAGGUACUGGGAACCAAUCGGGUGGAGGCCUUACAAGUGGCCAUGUGGAACCCUCAAAUAGGGUUCACAUUUUCUGACCACAUUUUCCCCCACGUUCAGGGAGGACUGAGAGGACGAACAGUAUCGGUCACAUCAGUUCAUUACCCUCCGUGGACCAUUUUGAAGACAGAUGAUAACGGUGAAAUAGUGGAAUCUACUGGUUUGGUAUUUGCCAUGAUAGACGAAAUCGGCAAAAAGCUCAACUUUACCUAUGUCGUCACAAACCCAUCCAUCCCGACGACCCAAACCAUUAUGCUGGAGUCUUCUUUUAACGGUUUAGUGGACCAAAUCGUACGUGAUCCGAACCUGUUUAUGGGUGCGGCUUCUUUCACGGUCACCAAAGAGCGGCAAGAGUUGGUCGAAUUUUCUAGACCUUUUGAUCUCCAAGCUUACACGUUCAUGUUUCGAAGGCCUCAAGAACUGUCUCGGGUCCUUUUGUUCGUAGAGCCUUUCACACCAUUGGUAUGGAUUUGCAUUGCAAUAGCUUUUAUUUGCAUUGGACCCAUUCUCUGGAUCAUCCACAACUUAAGUUUCUAUUACCGAGCCAAUGAUGCCAGUCUCGGCGGUCUCAAGCACCUCAGUAAUUGUAUCUGGUAUUGUUAUGGGGCGCUCCUUCAGCAAGGUGGAACAAUGAUGCCGGAGGCGGACAGUGGUCGAUUGAUUGUGGGAUUUUGGUGGUUAUUUGUUAUGGUAACAGUCACUACUUAUUCGGGAAAUCUCGUGGCUUUUUUGACCUUUCCACAAAUGGAGGUUCCAAUCAAGUCAGUCCAAGAUCUCAUCGACCGAUCUUCUAGUGAAGGAACAACCUGGGGUCUUCUAAAUAACAGUGUGAUUGAAAAAUAUCUCCGAGAGUCGCCAGAGGAGAAAUUUCAGACCAUUGUCAAUGAUGCCAUUGCUCACAAUACUGUGUUCAACGAUGACAUCGUGGAAAUGAUCAAGAACCAAGGACACUCCUUGGUUGAAUGGAAAACUACAUUGGACAUCAUCAUGAAGAAUGAAUACAACAAAACUGGUAAAUGCGACUUCUCUCUUGGUAUCGAAGAGUUUUUCAUGGAAAGAGUUGCCCUGGCCUUUCCCAAAAAUAACCCGUGGAUCCCAAAAUUUAACAGAGAGUUGAUCAAAAUCAUGGAAGCGGGUCUGAUCGAAAAGUGGAAGAAUGUGUACUGGCCUUCGGAUGAUGAAUGUGCGGUCACUGCUCGUGGAGGCCAAGGUUCCUCCACCACAGUCACAGUAACUGACAUGCAAGGAUCUUUCUUCAUCCUUGGGAUAGGCUGUCUUUUGGCUCUGGUAAUUGUGUUAGUGGAGUGUUCGUUUUGUCGAAAGCGACAGAAGGAUAGACAUCCUGGUCUCAUCAAACCAUUUGUGGCUUGACUGAAGUGGGCAGAGUGCGACCUGCCUAAUUACUCGUGGGAAACGGUGUCAACUUUCCACGGUGUCACUACUUGAAGAAUAUGCAAUAAACCUUACUGGAUCGUAAUCAGCACGAUUACACUAUGUGUUAGAUGUGCCAUCAAAUGACUUUUCGCAAUAAAUCCUCAUUUUUCUAUGA